AUGAUGAUCGCUCGUCAUUCCGUUGAAGGCUUAUCAUUGGCAUCACUCAAAAAUCAAUUUCCAAAACUCUCGAAUAACAGUGGAUACUUUUGGCAAAUUACUGAUCCGCAUUUGGAUUCCGAAUAUGUGGUUGGAAGUGUUGCAAAUUGUGGACAAUUGGUGUGUUGUCGGAAGAAUUCGCCAAGAACGAAUGGUACAAUUCAAUAUGCUGAAAGAUUUGGAACGUAUGCGUCGUGUGACGUUCCAUUAGAGACUUUUGUGAGUGCUUUGGAAUUUAUUAAGAACUUUCCAGUGGAUGCUGAUUUUGUGUUUUAUGGAGGUGACAAUCUAGUUCAUGAUGAUUGGAAUUAUUCAAAAGAAUAUAAUUUGAAUUAUGCCAUUCUUGUGGCGAACGCAUUGAGAGUGACAUUGCAAGGAUCGAGAUAUCAAAAUCGAAUCAUUCCUGCAAUUGGCAAUCAUGACUUGGCGCCUAUUAACAUGUACCCUCUAGACCCUCAAAAGAAUGAAUGGUAUUUACAUCCUGUUGGUGAUGCUUUCCAAUUUUCUUUCAGUAGUUUCCCAGAUGGAGAUGCAGCUCUUACUUCUUUUAAAACCUCUGGAUUUUUCACAGUGCUUAUUCGACCAGGAUUUAGAGCUGUUGUGAUUAACACUCAAUUCCAAAAUCCACUCAAUUUUUGGCUCUUAUCGACUCCAGAUAGAGAUCCAGGAAAACAAUUGGCAUGGCUGGAUCAAGUGUUAGGAAAGGCACAACAAGCCAAUGAGAAAGUUGUCAUUUUGGGACAUAUUCCUCCAGGAAUUGACACGAGUGAUUUUAUGGAAGAAUCCACAGGAAAUUACAAUGCCGACUUUACCAAUCUCGUCGCGAAAUACAGUUCCAUCCUUGUGGGUCAAUUUUAUGGACACACUCACAAUGAUCAUUUCAAAAUUUUCCAAGAUCCAAAAACCAAUGUUCCAACCAAUGUAGCCUGGGUCACACCUGCCAUCACUCAGUGGAUGUAUCAUAAUCCUGCAUUCCGUCUUGUACAGUACAACAAGAAGACAUUUGAACUUGAGAAUUUUUACACCUUCACAACCAAUUUGACAGGUGUCAAAGAUCAAUUAACAUGGACAUUGGAAUAUGAUGCCUUGACAGGUUAUGGAAUUUCUGAUAUUUCACCACAGACAAUGACUAGUUUGUUGUACAACAAAUUGAAUGCUGUGGAAUCCUAUUGGAACAAGUUUGCUUUGAGAUUUACUGGUGGUUAUCCUUAUCACGGCUUGUGUUCAUUUAACGAAGCAUGCAAAACGAAAAGAAUUUGUGCAAUGGGAAAUAUUCUGUAUUCAGGUUAUGACAAGUGUAUCAAGGCAGCAGGUAAUCUUAGUUAA